CAGAUCGUGUGUGUAUGUGGCUCGCUCCCUGCCUCCUCGGGCUCGUUGCGCUGAGACCCGCGGCGAAUCUUCCCGUCGCCAUGCUCGCGCCUCCAGAGCGGCGUGACCGCAUGCAGCGUAGCAGAGCCGUCAUCUACGUCGAUGGCAACAACCUCAUGGCGCAGCGAAAGGUGACAAAGGGGAGGGAGGCACUGGCGGCGCGGCUCGCGGGCGUGCGCGGUGCCGAGGUGGUCCUGGUCUUUGACGGCCGCGAGGGCGAGAGCCACGUCGAGUCUGGGCACGACCCGCGCGUUGUGGUGACGUCCGGCGGGGAGGGCAGCGAGCGCGAGAGCGCCGACGAGUGGAUUGUGGAGCAGCUCUACGGCGGGACCUCCCCGUCGCGCACCACCGACGUCUCCAUCGUCACCGCAGACAAGCUGCUGCGGCGCGAGGCGCAGCGCGCGGCGGCGGCCACCAUCAACCCGGUCAAGUUCUGGCGGAGAUACCUGCCCCGCCUCAAGGGCCUCAAGACCGACUAUUCAAACGCGCCUCGCGGUGAGCCGGAGGACGCCUGAGCAAAACGGGUCCCCCACGACGGAGUACGGUGACGGGUUUGCUCAACACUGAAUUUGGUCUGGUGAGCGCCACCGCGCACAGACGAACCGCGCCCGCCUCCGCGCGCCGCGGCGGCGCGGGUAUAUGUUUUCUUUUGUGCCAAAGGUUGUAUGGACCGAUCCUGUAC